ACCAUGAAAACACUAGUCAUUGCUCUGUCCCCUGCUGCUUAUACUCAGCUUUAUGUCCCUUGCAAUUUUUCUCCUUCUUUAUCUUCUGCAACUCAAAAAUCUGUGACACACGCUACCAUUCAGAAAAUUGAAGCUCGGAAGGUCCGUGCUGCGGUUGUAGCUGAUGAGUCGUCUUCUUUUACUCGGGCUUUUUAUCAAGCGCAUGGUGAGCAAUCGCUGCCAGAAAGGGAAUGUCACGAUAAAAAAAAUAGCAAGAAAAGGGUCUUCUUUUUAGAUGUUAAUCCUCUAUGCUAUGACGGAAACACACCCAGCUUAUACUCCUUUGGUCGAUGGGUCUCCCUUUUCCUCUCUCAAGUCAGUCGCAGCGACCCUGUUAUUGCUGUUUUUGAUGGAGAAAAGGGUAGUGAGCAUCGCAGACAACUACUACCUUCAUACAAAGCCCAUAGGAGAAAAUUCUUGCAGCACUCAUCAUCUUCACAGAGAUUUUCAAGGGGACAUGUUGGGAGGUCCCAUCAAGUGAUCACUGAGGUUCUUAGAAAAUGCAAUGUGCCAUUCAUAAAAGUUGAUGGCCAUGAAGCCGAUGAUGUGGUUGCCACACUUGUUGGACAAGUUCUCACUAGAGGUUUUCGUGUUGUGAUUGCCUCUCCUGAUAAGGAUUUUAAACAGCUCAUUUCUGAAGAUGUGCAAAUUGUUAUGCCUUUGCCAGAGUUAGACAGGUGGUCCUUCUACACCUUGAGGCACUACAGAGCUCAAUAUAAUUGUGACCCACAGUCUGAUCUGAGCCUUAGAUGCAUUGUUGGUGAUGAAGUUGAUGGUGUUCCUGGUAUCCAGCAUGUGGUCCCUGAUUUCGGUCGGAAGACUGCUCUAAAACUUAUUAAAAAGCAUGGUACAUUGGAGACUUUGUUAAAUGCAGCUGCUGUAAGGACUGUAGGAAGGCCAUAUGCCCAGGAAGCCCUUACAAAAUAUGCUGAUUACCUUCGAAGAAACUAUGAAGUUCUGGCCUUAAAAAGGGAUGUAGAUAUCCAGCUUCACGAAGAGUGGUUGGUUGAGAGAGACACACAUAAUGAUACAACUACUCUCUCUAAGUUUUUCAGAUAUUUGGAACGGGCAAGGGAAGUCACCAAUAAUUAUAGAUCUCACUCUUCCAAUGUAUUGAACCCUGACAGGUAAUGAAGACACGUUAAAAUUGACGACACAAGGAACAUAUGAAUCGAAAUUGUGCAAAUGUUUCUGCUUGCUUCGCAACCUUGCUGAUUCAUCUUUUGUAACAACACUAAAGCAAGUAUGUUUUGCUCACUGAUCCCCAUUUAUGCAAUAUUAGCAAGCAGUUGUGAGAAAAUAAUAAGCAUUAUAGCACUUGGUUCACGCUACAUAGCACUUCCCGAGGUGGCUAAACAUCAUUCUGUAAUUGAAAGUAUUGCAAGCUAUGUCAGACCAACAGAGGAAGGCUUCAGCGUCUUAGACAUCAACAUUUAGUGACACGACGAUCUGGGCUCCUUAUUCCUCGUUGUAAAAUGUCAGAGGAAGUUGUUGUAAACUGUGACACAGAUUGAUUGGGAAAAAGGUGUGGGAUUUGGUAACACAAAGUGGAUAUCCAUGGAUUUUGUGUGUUAUUUUCUUAUCCCUUGGCGUCUUUGCUUCAGGCAUGAAUUCCUCAAGACAAAUUAUGAUACCUAGACUUGUACUAAUUCCAUCAAGUGGGAAAAAUGAGUAUUUAUGUAUAUAAAAAAAAAAGAAGGAAAAUACAACUGUUACCCUCAUUAGUUUCUAUAUUUUUUUCAGUUGUUUCAAGGCCCUUGAAUUUCAUGGGAGUUAAAUCUCUUGAUGUCAAUAUAACUAUUAUUUAUAUUGUUGAGGUAAUAAAAUUAUGAUGAGUUAGAUGCUAUAA